AUGGCAGCCAUACAUGUGGAGGAAUUGCUCAUCUUGGCCUCAACAAGCCUCGGUGCAGUGGCUAAAAUACUUGAGAUUGAAGAAAUUUCACCAGAUGCUGCAUAUUGGAUACGUAAGGUUCCUGCUCGCUUGUGGGCUACUGCUUACUUCGAAAGCCCAAGGUUCGGUCAUUUGACAGCUAAUAUUGUGGAACAACUAAAUCCUUUGAUAUCAGAAGCCUCUGGACUACCAACAUUUCAGAUGCUGGAAUGCAUUAGAAGACAGCUUAUGACUUGGUUCAAUGAACGUCGGGAAAGUAGCAUGCAGUGGACAUCAAUUCUAGUUCCUACAGCAGAGAGGCAUGUAGCAGAAGCCCUAGAACGUGCCCGCACUUACCAGCUGUAUGGUUUACCCUGUGCACAUGCUGUAGCAGCACUACUGUCUUGUAGACAGAAUGUGCACCGGUUUACGGAAAGUUGUUUCACUGUUGCUAAUUAUCGGAAGACUUACUCACAGACGAUUCUUCCAAUACCAGACAAAACAUUAUGGAAGGAGUUAAAAGAAGGAGAUCCAAGCAGUGGGGAUUUUAGUGAGAUAAUUAUCAAUCCACCUAAAUCUCUUCGGACACCAGGUCGCCUCAGGAAGAAGCGAAUCUGA